AUGGAGGACCUACCAACAGAGCAGGAGGAAGAUCCAAAGCCCCCCACAAUUGAACCACUAAGGGAGGAGAUAUUGGAUCCGUCUGAUCCCGAUAGAAAAGUAUUGGUGGGCUCCCUCCUAUCCAACACCGAAAUGGAGCAUCUCGUCUCGUUCUUGAGGAAUAAUAAAGACGUGUUCACAUGGUCACAUGUGGAUAUGCCUAGAAUCGAUCCCAGUGUUGCUUGUCACCGCCUAAAUGUGGACCCUAGCCACCCACCACACCAACAGAGGCAAAGGAGGUUCGCGCCAGAGAGAAAUCAGAUCAUUAGCGACAAAGUGGAUAGACUUCUGGAGGUUGGGUUCAUCUGCGACGUGUGGUGCCCGACAUGGAUCUCUAAUUUGGUGGUUGUGGCUAAGAAGAAAGGAAAAUGGCGAGUUUGGGUCGAUUACAUCAAUUUAAACAAAGCCUACCCGAAAGACUGUUACCCGCUGCCUAAAAUUGAUCAGAUGGUGACCGGGUAUGAACUUUUAACUUUUCUUGAUGCUUACUCAGGGUACAACCAAAUCCCAAUGGUGGUCGAAGACCAAGAAAAAACAACUUUCAUUACCGAGCGUGGCUUGUAUUGUUACGUGGUGAUGCUAUUUGGUUUAAAGAAUGCAGGCUCAAUGUAUCAACGGUUGGUGAAUCAGAUGUUCAAAGACCAACUUGGGAAGAUAAUGGAAGUGUAUAUCGAUGACAUGGUUGUCAAAAGUGCGGUGAAAACCCAGCACCUGAGUCAUCUUUAG